GCUCGUCCGAAUAAAAAUAUUUUAAUAAGUGUUAGGCAGACAGUUUGGUACAUAGUGAACCAUUUUGAAUUUUAAAUAACGCGCCAUCUUGUUAAAUAUCAAUGCGCUUGAAUAGAUGUCUCAUCUUUCUGAAAAUAUACUCUAUGCUUCAAAUGUCAAAUAAUAAAUGCAAGUAAAGUUGAAAUCUUUAUCAUAUUAAAUCAGAUUGUUGAUUUAACUAGAUAUUAUUUAGCACACGAAUAUUUAGUGAGUAUAUUGGGGCAGUGAAAAUAUUUAAAAAUGUCGGAAGAACAAAUGGUGGUUAUCUAUGAUAAUGUAAUUAAAAUUGAACCACCAGAUUUUUCAGCAGUGGAUAUUAAACAAGAAAUAGAGGAUGAAUUGGAUGUUCAACAAGAAAUUGCAGGUGAAUUGGACGAUAAACAAGAAAUUGGAAAUGAAUUGGAUAUUAAACAAGAAAUGAAAGAUGAAUUGGACGUUCUUGAUGUUAAGGUUAAAUCUGAAUCGGUUUCUGAGAACGAUGAAACGUGUUUAGGAAGAUUCAUGGAUUCAGAAGUAACUAUAGAAGAAGUCAAAGAGGAAACAACGUAUGAAUGUGACAUUUGUAAUCAAUUAUUUGCAGAAUCGCAUCAGUUAAAGGAGCAUAUGGUAGAUCACAAGCCCAGUCAUAGCGAAGAACGCCCUUUCAAAUGCGAAGUCUGUUGUAAGACUUUCAAACAAUCAAGAGGCUUGAAGUCGCACAUGUUUACACAUUCUGAAGAAUGUCCAUAUAAAUGCAAUAAAUGCAAUAAAGCAUUCUCACAAUUUAGUAAUCUGAAAAGACACCUGCUCGUUCACAGUGGUGUGCGCCCUCAUGAGUGCACUACAUGCAAUAAGACAUUCACAGAAUUAGGUAGUCUGAAACGUCACAUGAGGAUGACACACAAUGGAGUACGUCGUCAUGAGUGUGAUGUAUGCAAUAAGACAUUCAAACAAUUACGUAAUCUGAAAAGCCACAUGCUGUUACAUAAUGAAGAACGCCCCCAUGAAUGCAGUUUUUGUGGUAAGACUUACACAGAACCCAGUAGACUGAAAAGACACAUGCUCAUUCACAGCAGUGAGCAUAUUAAUGAAUGCAAUAUAUGCAAUAAGACGUUCACAGAAUUUGGUAGUCUAAAACGACACAUGCUUCUUCACUUAGGAGUACGCUCCCAUGAGUGCAGCAUAUGCAAUAAGACAUUCAAUCGAAUAGAUCAUCUAAAAAAUCACAUGAUCGUGCACAGUGGUGAACGUCCUCAUGAAUGCAAUAUAUGCAAUAAGAGAUUCACAGAAUCAAGUACUCUAAAACGUCACAUGUUGAGGCACCAAGGACUGCGACCCCAUGAGUGCAAUGUAUGCAAUAAGACUUUCACAGAAUUUAGUAAGCUGAAAAGGCACUUGCAGAUUCACAGCGGUGAGCAUGUUCAUAAAUGCAAUGUAUGCAAUAAAAUUUUCACAGAAUUUAGUAAGCUGAAAAGGCACUUGCAGAUUCACAGCGGUGAGCAUGUUAAUGAAUGCAGUAAAUGCAAUAAGACAUUCACAGAACCUGAUGAUUUGAAACGUCACAUACUUAUGCACAAUGGAGUACAAACCCAUGAAUGCAAACUAUGCAAUAAGGCAUUCACAGAAUCAAGUGAACUUAAAAAGCACAUGCUUAGUCACAGUGGAAAGCAGCAUGAAUGCAAUAUAUGCAAUGAGGCAUUCACAGAUGCAGAUAGUCUAAAACACCACAUGAUAACACACAACGAAGUACCAUCCCAUGAAUGCAAUGUAUGCAAUAAGACUUUCACAGAAUUAAAUAAACUCAAAAGGCACAUGCGCAUGCACAGUGGGUCCCAUGAAUGCGAGAUAUGCAAUAAAACAUUCACAGAAGCAGGUAGUUUAAAACGUCACAUGCGCCUUCACGAUGGAGUACGCCCCUAUGAAUGCAGUGUAUGCAAUAAGACAUUCACACGAUUGAGUCAUCUGAAAGGUCACAUACUCAUUCACAGCGGUGAGCGUCCACUUGAAUGCAGUAUAUGCCAUAGGAGAUUCAGGGAAUCAAGUACUCUGCAAAAACACAAGCUGGUUCAUUACAAAGAGCAACCUUAUAAAUGUGAAAUAUGCAAUAAGGGAUUCACUCAACCGAAUGAUUUGAAGAGACACAUGGAACUUCAUAGUGGGAAGUGUGAUGAAAAUAAUUGA